CACUUCACUAUGUGAUGAGCGCACAACAGCACAGCUAGGCGCCUGUGCACAUUAAAAUCUCUCGUUUGAUGUGACGUGUGUUAAGUUUUGCCUGGAAACAUGGCGAGGCUCAGCGAGCACGGGAUUCGCUUAAGUUCUAUGAGUCCUUCUUAUCUAAACAGCAAUUCAACUAGUCAUACCUGGCCGUUCAGCGCAGUUGCAGAAUUAAUAGAUAAUGCAUCAGACCCAGGGGUCACGGCAAAGCAGAUUUGGAUAGAUGUUGUGGGUGUAAAAGGUGAACAAUGCCUGUGUUUCACUGAUAAUGGCAGUGGAAUGACCCCCAGCAAACUGCAUAAAAUGCUCAGUUUUGGCUUCACAGAGAAAGGCUCUGGGAAGAGCGGUCACCAGCCCAUUGGCGUGUAUGGAAACGGAUUUAAGUCAGGCUCCAUGCGCCUAGGACGGGACGCUCUGAUCUUCACCAAGAACGGCGGGUGCCAAAGUGUUGGCAUGCUCUCUCAGACCUUUCUCCAGGCCAUACGGGCACAGGCUGUCAUAGUGCCGAUUGCACCAUUUAACCAGCAAACCAAGACUCUGGUGGUGACAGAAGAUUCAGAGGCCAGUCUGAAAGCCAUCCUUACACACUCUCUCCUUAGCACUGAAGAGGAACUCCAGGAGCAGCUGGACUCCAUCCCCGGCAAGAAGGGCACCAAGAUCCUCAUCUGGAACAUUCGCAGGAAUAAAGAUGGAAAGCCGGAGUUUGACUUUGAGACGGACCAGGGGGAUAUUCGUCUGCCGGAGAUCCGCUCAGAGGAGAUGGGGGGAAAAGAGAGACGGAAUUAUACAGGACCCCGACGGACAGAUCACACCAUCCCAGAGAUGGACUACUCCCUGAGAGCAUAUCUGAGUAUUCUAUACCUGAAGCCCAGGAUUCAGAUUAUCCUGCGGCAGAAGAAAGUUCAGACCAAACUGGUGGCAAAGAGUUUGUCCAUGAUUGAGAAUGAUGUUUACAAACCUCAUUUCAUCAAUGAGCGGGUGAAGAUCACUUUCGGCUUCAACCGUAAGAACAAAGAUCACUUUGGCAUCAUGAUGUAUCACAAAAACAGACUUAUAAAAGCCUAUGAGAAAGUAGGCUGCCAAAUCAAGUCAUCGGGUCAAAGAUCAGGGGUCGGAGUCAUAGGGGUCAUUGAAUGCAACUUUCUGAAGCCAGCUCACAACAAACAAGACUUUGAGUACACCAAAGAAUACAGACUCACCCUGGCGGCUCUUGGCCUCAAACUCAAUGAUUACUGGAGAGAAAAGAAGGAGAAGAAAGCAAAAGAGAGAGAGAUCAUGGCCCUAGAAAAGAAGAAAGAAGAGGAUGGUUCAGACGAUGCAGAAGAAGUGGAUGUUACAUGGAUUCAGUGCGAGGAAUGUUUGAAAUGGAGAGGUAUUCCCACCAGUCUGUUUUCUGGGAGUGUGCCUGACAGAUUUACCUGCAGCCAGCACCCCAUAGCACGCCUCAGGAGCUGCCUGGUGCCUGAAGAGACAGAAGAUAAUCCAGAAGACCUCACACCCAGCUAUGAGAAAACGCACAAAAAACAGGACCAAGGCCAGAUUAAGAAAAGACAGAAAUCGUCAGAGGUGAGGGAGAAUAACACUGUCUCUGACACGGACAACGUAAAGAUGGGCCAAGAGGACAGAGAGACAGAACAGACAGAAGCAAACAACAAAAGGACGGCACAGCCGCACAGCAACAAACGCAAAGCAACAUGGCCAGUGAGUGAAACAGUUAGGAAGUCAUUACGAAACACAGAAUCCACAGAGACUGCCGUGGAGAGAGAGAAAAAGGCAGAUCAAAGUCUGGGAGAACAAACAGAGGAAGAGAAAGAGAUUGAUCAGCCUGUGAAAGACCGUGUGGAAGGAGAAAAAGAAACAGAGCAGUCCCAGGAGGAGCAUAUAGAAAAAGUAACGGAUGAAAAAGAGGAAGAGAAAUCAGAGACAGAAAUGAAUCAAGCCCAUGAAAAGCAAGCAGAAGGAGAAAAUGAGACCGAGGGGGCUGAAGAAGACAAACCGGAGAGACAAAAAGAGACGGAACAGUGCCAAGAAAAGUCACAAACGAAUGACAAAAAACCAGUGGCCGUCCUGGCGGCCCACGAUGAAAAAACAGAGAAAGAGAGUACGUUCGUGGAAGCUGCACCUCUUGAGGAUGGUACUUCUCAGACAGUACCCAAAAAGCAGGCCGAAUGCCCCGCCAGCAUAACUGACUCUCUCCCUCCACCCAACUCCAGCCCCGUACUAACAACUUUCCCCCAUCCCUUCUCCCCUAGCCCCACACCAAUGUGGACACAGCCUUUAUCUCCAGGCUCCGCCCCUGCCUGGUCUCACCCUUUGGCCCAGACGGUAGUGGUCCCGCCCCUUAGUCGGUCGGUCAGACAAAGAGCCGGGUCGCUGGUGCCAGAAAGUUCUGACCGACCAGCGCUAACCCAGAAACUGGCUCAGCUAGAACGAGAAGCCAAACGCCUACGGCACAUUCUUGGCAUGAGCCCAGCCGCAAAAGAACCAGGUUCUGGUACGGCGGCAGGGCCGGGAAGAGACAAGUUACCACCAGAUAUGCCAUUAAUGCCAAGUGUGGUUUUACAGAGCAAUGAAAUGGGCGUGUGCAAACCAAACGCAGAGAGACUGAACCCAACAGUCUGUCUAACCAGAAUGAAUGAGAACUCAACAGUCGUUCCACAGACGGCACAGAUGGCAGGACAGCCGUUUGACUGGACAUCGCUACUGAGAAAUGGUGGUCCUCCAGUCCAACAGGGGGAGACAUUGAGCCCUACAGAUGAGCUUUUUUGGAAUAAGAAAUCUUCAAAGUUACAUUGCCAGCAGAUGCAGCCUUUGGUAGCAGAGCUCAGCGCUCUGAAGAAGGAGAAAGAGCAGCUCCAGAACAGAGUGAGACUACUAGAGAGGAGAGAAGCACGAGAAAAAAGAGACCAAAGCACCAAUACUAUGUUUAAUACCUAUGACAGUAUGACAUUGGAUCGCUUGCGUUUGAUGAGAAGGAAUGUUGUGGCCCUGUUGUCUUCCAUUCUGCCCCAUCUGGACCUGCAGGGUAUCAGCUAUGACACCUCAGACGUAGACAACAUUCUCCAGCAGAUCAUUGAGGCCAAUGGCCUCUGACCAUUUCCUUCUCAAACCAAAACCAAAAACAAAACUGUAAUAUCAAAGCGUGGCCCCUUUACGUGAAGUACGGUUUUUCAUUAUUUUUUCCCUCCAUAUGACCUGAUGGGGGGGCGGGGAGGGAGUGGGGUGGAGGAGGAGGAGGAGGAGCACGAACUGUGAGAAUCAAGACUAUUGGUAGCAGCGGCAACGACUCAGGCAUUGACAGGUUGAGCUGCAGAUUGUGACGGAAUAUGAAGGCAGUGUAGUAGUUAUCUGACUGAAUCUGGCUUACAGGUCAGCACAGCUUUGUCCAUUGACUUAAUACUCACAGAACUCUGCAAACCCCACAAUGACGUCAUAGCCUGAUGCUCUGUAGGGCCAUGGUGACAUGAAAGAGUAAUGUCUCACAGGAACUAUACGCUGUUAGCUUAUAACACACUGUAAAUAUAUUCUCAUAGCAUUAAAAGUUUCCACAGGAUAUUAUAACAGAGGAAGAGGUGGGAGAUGCAAGUUUCGCGAGCACGUCUUCAUAGUUCAGAGCUACAGCAUUAAACAAUUGUACUUCAUCAGAGUUUUGCCAAUGUAGAGAUUCUCACACUCGCACUCUGUUAACUUGUGCAUGUAAAUACAACUUCAAAUUAAUGGAAACAUACAAUAUUCAUUUCACCACUGAUGAAACCAUAAAUGCAGGUCUUUAACUACUGUAAUAUUCAGAACUAAAUCAAGGAAAGAAUCCAGCGCAAAAUCACCAGCCAUCUUACAAACCCAACAUAUUAUGCAGGCAAUGAGUGUUUUGCAUACGCUUCUCUGAAUAACAGGCCCCAUUGUCUUUUAGAAUGUAAUGACAACUUCCAAUUACUAUUUCCUUGUUAUUUUUAUCCCUACAGAUAUAUAUAUUUUUUUGUAAUAUUUGUAUGGUUUUGUUUCCUCUGUGAAGCUUCUUCCACUCAACGUAAAAUUGUCAAUUGUAAGCUUCUGCCAUCGGAAUGUUUUUCCACCCGUCCUGAAAAGAGCAAAGCGUGGGCAUAUUUUUGUUAUUGCAUUGUUGCUUCCAUCUGAUA